UUGGGUACUUGCAGACAGCCGCCUGUUGAAUUUCUUUAACUUUGUUUUUAUCAAAUUUUAGCUGCUCGUGUGUGCUUCUUUGUCUUUGAUAUCAAUUGUAGAAAUCUUUUGAUAUCUACACAAGAUUUGUCAGAAUUCUGGAUUGUGUUUAGACAUCAUUCAAACUGUUCUUAGAAAUAAAUCAUUUCUUUAAUUCAAAACGGAAGUUCUUAAAUGUUUAACAUUCCGAUUGUAUUCAGACAAUUUAAAUUCUAAACCAAAAUUUGCGGAUUUUUAAAUUUUUUUAUUUUAUUUUCAUUCUAUGAUGGUGAUGAAUUUUCACAACGCCGGGAAAUCGGUAGAUCAGUGGAAUUAAAUAUUGAAGACCACAGUACAAUGUACGAAUUUUAAUAAGCGUCUCUGUGAUAAUCAAACAGUGUGAUUUAGAAGACUUUAAAAAAUGGAGCCGCGGUCAUCAUGGGCGGCUGCCGUUUCCGUCCUGGCCAUUGUCGCUACGGUUUCCAUUUCAAUACCUGAGGUGCUGGGACAGCCGCGUGGCCUGACAGGGACGGGCGCGACGGAAAUACCGGAAGGGGCUGCCUCCCUGGCGUUCGUUUUUGACAUAACGGGGUCUAUGUACGAUGAUCUCGUGCAGGUGAUAGAGGGGGCAGCUCGCAUCCUGGCCACCACCCUUUCCCGGCGGGAGAAACCGUUGUAUAACUACGUACUGGUUCCUUUCCACGACCCGGAUUACGGCCCAGUUGUGGUCACAACUGACCCGGAUGAUUUCCAGUAUGAGUUACGGAACCUGUAUGUGCAGGGAGGCACGGACUGCCCAGAAAUGUCCAUCACUGCUAUUAGGGAGGCCCUGGCAGUGUCACUCCCAAACUCGUUCAUUUAUGUGUUUACGGAUGCACGCUCGAAGGAUUACCACCUCGUAGAAGAGGUGCUGGCUAUGGUUCAACAAAAACAGAGCCAGGUUGUGUUUGUGUUGACGGGCGAUUGUGGCGAUCCUACCCAUGCCGGAUAUCUGGCUUACGAACAAAUUGCCUCCACAUCUUCUGGACAAGUCUUCCUGCUUAGAAAAUCACAAGUGAAUGAAGUGUUGAACUUUGUACGAGUGGCUGUACAGACGCGGAAGGUGAACCUCAUGUCAGUAGAUGUUGUGGACUCCACUGAAAAUGAGUUUGAAAUUCCAGUCGACUCCACCCUACAAGAAAUCACAAUAUCUGUCAGUGGAUCUAAACCCCAGAUAUCAUUGAUUGAUCCUGCAGGAAACGUAUUCAACCAGCGACGUGGACUUAACAAACUGUUGGACAUUCGGAAUGCUCUUGUGGUUAACGUCAAAGAACCUCAGGCUGGGGUAUGGCGUAUGAAGGUCGAGAGUGACGGGCGUCACACCAUUCGUGUCACCGGCCUUUCUAGUACAGACUUUGUGGCACGAUUUUCCCGAAAACCAGGGACAGAUUUAGUAGAUGGGGAUCGUAGACCUAUCGGAGGCAUUCCAACGUACAUGACCAUUAACGCGACUGAUCUCGGUCCCCCAGGAGCUCUCUCCCAGGUUUCCCUCGUUGAUCUCCAUGGUAACAUUCUCGAUCAAUAUCCACUCACACGUGACCAAAAUGUUGGGAGCAUCUACACUUCCCCUUCUUUUAUACCACCGGAAGAGUUCUUUUAUGUUCAGGUGAAUGGUGUCGACCAUGGAGGCUACAACUUGCGUCGUCAGACACCAACAGCGAUUACCCGAGUGGUUCCUGUUGCCCCAAACGUUUGGAUGCCCGAGGUGACGCAGGGGUAUUUUGGGCUGACUGCGGUGAUCGUGUGUAAUGUGGACAGCCACGUGCCCUACACUGUACGCUGGUAUAAGGAAGACCAACAACAAGGGCCAGAACUCUACUUCACGGAUUCUGCCAACGUCACACUUGAACUGGAGGUGGCCAAUCAAUUUGCAGAGGGCAUAUAUUUCUGUAACGCGACAAAUGUUGCUGGGUCCAGAAGAGUGCCAACGUUCCUAGAUGUCAGUGAGCCCCCACCAUCUAUCACGGUACCACAAAACGUGUCUGUCCUACCUGGAGAAAACGCCUUGCUCACAUGUUAUGUAUUCAGCACAGUCGAUCACAACGUCACAUGGCAUCGGGAUGGAUAUCGAGACCAUCUAAGAUCGAGUCAGAAAUUUGUCGAUUACAACAACGGUUCACUACUUGUCAGGGGUGUGGUUCUUGAGGACGAGGGUGGGUACACAUGUCUAGCGGCCAAUGAGGGAGGAGUGUCAAAACAGACCGCCCACAUCCGUGUACAGGUCGCACCGACUGCUAAAAUCACCCCUCCCUCUGCCACUUUCCAACACGGAGAGACACGCGAAUUCACAUGCAAUGGGGAGGGUUUUCCUGAACCUGCGAUAAACUGGUUACGAGAUGGCCGAUUGAUGGUGACGAGCGAGCGGGUUCGACUGCGAGGAAAUACCUUGGAGCUACGGGACUUGUCUCGAGGGGAGGAGGGUGUGUACACAUGUUUGGCUGUCAAUCCUGCAGGAGAAGACAGUGUUGAAGCUUUGCUUUCAUAUAUAGAGGAACCCCACAUCUCAGUGUAUGAGAGUAAAGUCUUGGUUGCCGCGGGUAACGAGGCCAUUUUGUUUUGCGGCGCAGAUGGAAUUCCAAAACCAGAAAUACACUGGUAUAAAGGGGAAGUGGAGCUGAAGGCCUUGUCCUAUGUAAAGAUCAGCGAUGAAGGUCAACUCCGAAUUCUAGGCGCACACGCGCUUGAUGCUGGAGAGUAUCGAUGUGAAGCCAGAAACGAGGCUGGCAGCGACUCCGCUCUUGUUUCCCUUGAAGUUGGAUCGGCACCAGAAAUUGUUGAAAUACCACAGCCGACUGGGGUCAACAUAGGGAGUAACACGAGCCUCGCAUGUAGGGUAUCCGGUAGCCCCGCCCCUACACAGACGUGGCGUCGCGCUGAUGGGCGCCCAUUAGACUUCCUUAGUGGAAAAUAUAUACAGUUAGGAUCUGGGGAUCUUUUUAUAACCAAUGCAGGGUUAGCUGAUGAAGGAGGAUAUAUUUGCGUUGCUACCAACAGAUUUGGAACAGACGAAAGCACUCCUGCCCACGUUACUAUUACUGGAAUAGUGCCCCCGUUGUUCGGAAUUAUUUCUCCGAAAAUGACGGUAAUCGAGGGAGAAGAUGUGACCCUAGAUUGUCAGGUGCUUCAAGGAAAUCCUCCACCCAGGUUGCUAUGGUUACAAGGAAAUGACGUUGUACGCACGGACGAACAUGUGAAGACGUCUGAAGGUGGCCGAUUGACUAUCGAAAGAGUUCAGGCUGAGCAUGCGGGAGAUUAUAUUUGUCUGGCUAGUAAUGCUGGUGGGAACGCCACUUUCAUUGUCAUGUUAGACGUCCAAGUACCGCCCUCAUUUGAAUACCUGACCCCGGAGGAUGAGCAGAUCAACUUCAACAUUCUGGAAGGGGACAGAGUUGUGCUACCAUGUAAUGUUGAGGGGGACCCACGGCCACGUAUUUCAUGGUAUAAGGAUGAAAGCCCCAUUUCCCUAACCGACUACCAUUACUAUAUUGGGGAAGACGGUAGCUUAGAGAUUUACAGCGCAGAGGCUGCUGAUACCGGUCUAUACAGAUGUCAAGCUUCAAACGAGGCUGGCGAAAUCGAGAAAGUACUUAACGUCUAUGUGCAGGUUCCACCAGUCAUUCUUGGUGAUCCAAAUGAGGAAUACACCGUCGUAGUGAAUGAGACGAUAGUUCUACCCUGCGCAGCAAGUGGUAUACCCGCUCCAGAAGUGACGUGGCGGAAAAACUUUGCGCCUUUUGAGCCUCCAGAAGGGUCAGAUAGGUACCUUUUUGGAGACCAUGGGUUGACAAUAUCAGACGUGAAAUCCGAGGACCAGGCGAUUUACGAGUGUAUUGCGACAAACAAUGGGGGAGAGGAGACUAAAGUUAUUGUUCUUGUCGUUCAAGUUCCUCCUGUGAUUGUGGAGCAUGGCGUCACUGAUUUUGACGUCUUGAAGGGUGAUGAAGUUCGUCUUAAUUGUGAGAGUUCCGGUGACCCCCAGCCUCUGGUCGAGUGGAAAAAAGACGAACAAAUGUUAGUGAUGUUUGACGAAACAAAUGGAUUCACACUCGUCGAUAGUGGUUCUAUCGUUAUUGGGGCUGCCCGUGUAGAACAUAGCGGAAGAUAUGUUUGUAUAGUAACUAACCCUGCAGGAAUUGCGACAAGAGAUUUUACGAUUAAUGUUCAAGAUCCUCCGACACUUCCCGCCAAUUUAAGCGUUUCACGCGAAGUCGUCGAGAAAAAUCCCGUCAUCCUUCACUGCCCUGCCUCAGGAACUCCGCCUCCUAUCAUCACAUGGUACAAAGAUGGCGUGCUCAUCUCUGGUGAACAGCUUGACGUAGUGAUUCUCGAAGAUGGAUCGCUACAACUGCUGGCUGCCGAUGCUGAAGAUUCUGGCAGCUUCAGGUGCGUGGCUGAAAACCAAGCAGGAACAGUUAGCCAUGAAGUAGAUCUAAAAGUUUGGGUGCCUCCAAAACUGACUGGGGAAGACCAUGUCCCAGGCAGUGUGGAAAAAUCAACAGUGAUAACUGGAGAAAAUAUGACCAUCACAUGCCCAGUAGAGGGCGACCCUAAACCAACGAUCACCUGGGUCAAAAAUGGAUACUCCCUUACUGAAGAAAACCUCGAUGGAAGAUAUCAGAUAUCUGAAGAUGGUCUGACACUGACAAUACUUGAUGCCGUCGUUGACGACACUGCACGCUACAAGUGCAUUGCAGAAAAUCUGGCUGGACAGACGGAAAAGAACUUUGAUGUAGAUGUAUACGUUGCCCCAUCUGUUGAUGAAGACUCCGCCUCUCCGGAAGAGAACGUUGUAAACAAGGACAACACCUUAUAUCUGGACUGUCCCGUCACUGGUAUUCCACGGCCGGAUGUCCUCUGGUACAAAAAUGGUGAGAUAAUAUCACCUCAGCUAGAUCAAAACUUGCGAUUACAUGCUGAUGGUCGUCGACUACAAAUCAUCAGUGCUCGGGUCUCGGAUACAGGAAGUUAUGUUUGUGUGGGUGAAAACCUGGCUGGUACAACUGAGCGAAAGUUUGACGUUGAAGUCCAAGUGCCAGCUAUAACAGACCAACCAGGGGAAGUUGGUAAACCGGAAGUCGUAGCAAACAGAUCUCUUACGUUGACUUGCCCAGCAUACGGUGUGCCCCCACCGGAAAUAACUUGGUGGAUUAAUGGUCUGCUGAUCGCUGCAAACAGUUCUGAGUUCCGAUUGCUCAAAGAUGGGUGGACGCUUGAGAUUCCAGUCGCAUUUUCAAAUCACACUGCUAGGUUUACCUGCCGGGCAACCAACCCUGCUGGGGAGAGUGAAAAGGCCUUUGAUGUGAAUGUGUUAUUUCCACCAGUAAUCCCACGAGACAAUCUGAAUCUCAACCCUAAAGUGAUUGUGAACCAGUCUGUUAUUCUCAACUGCCAUGCCGAAGGAAAACCUUCUCCAGACAUCACAUGGUACAAAAACGGUCUCCGCCUUGAUCCCGCUUUACAGACGCGCUAUGAGUUAAUGUCCGGAGGGAGGCAGUUGAGGUUGAAACAAGCCAAGUUGGACGAUGCGGCAACAUUCCAGUGCGUCGCAGAAAAUAAGGCCGGCUCGGAUUCAGUUGACUUCAACCUUAGGGUCCUAGUACCAGCGCGUAUUGAUGGGCGUAGGCUGCACACCAACCCCAAGGUGAAACAGAGCAGCGACCUGUCAAUCACCUGCCCUGUGACUGGAGUCCCGCCUCCUGAGGUCACAUGGUUCAAGGAUGGGGAGCCAAUCAGCAGUGAGGGCAGGGCUGAUGUGGUUAUCACAAAUGGAGGACAGGAAUUGACAAUAAAGAAUGCACAGGUUGAAGACACAGGAAGUUACACAUGCAGAGCCCACAAUGAGGCUGGUGAUGCCGAAAUCGCCUAUAAAGUUGAUGUCCAAGUUGGACCAGUUAUCAACUCUGACGAUGCCGACCCCACUCCGCAUGUUUUAAAAGGUGGGGAUGUGGUCCUUCAUUGUCCUGCAACAGGCGUCCCCCCUCCGCGAAUCUCGUGGCUGAAAAAUGGACAACCAAUAGAUUUUGCUUCAAAUCCAUAUUAUACGAUGGAGGCUGAUGGCAAGCGUCUGGCAAUAUCCAACGCCGACCUGUCCGACGCCGGCCUCUUUACAUGCAUAGCCACAAACGAGGCCGGAAGUGCUGAGCAAGAGUACCAGCUUGAUGUUUGGGAGGCUCCUACAAUAGAUCAGACUGGACUGGAUCUGGCCCCUACAGUGAUUAAAGGUCAAGACAAGACUCUCAUCUGCCCAGCUACUGGAAAUCCUGAACCAGCAAUACUUUGGCUAAAGGACGGUGAUCCAGUCCCGCUUGAUGACCGUAUACAGAUAGGAGCAGAUGGUCGACACCUGCUCAUCGCAAACGCCAGCACGAGCGACACUGCUCGUUACACGUGCGUGGCCCGGAACGCUGCAGGACAGGAAUCACUGUCGUAUGACAUGAACGUGUUUGUUGCUCCUGUUAUUGACGAGUCCAACGUUGUCUACUUCCGGAAAGUGGUCCAGAACAGAACCAUCGUCAUUGAGUGUCCCGUCUCAGGUAUUCCGAAACCAGAAGUUUCUUGGUUGGUGAACGGGCGUCCAGUAGCAGAGGCUUCAGAAGUUGCUGGGCUGACGCUCACACACGGAGGUUACAAUCUGGAGAUUCCGAGCGCGCAAGUGAUCCACACUGCUGUGUACACUUGUGUGGCCUCUAACGCAGCUGGGGAGUUACAGAAGAAAUUUGACCUUGAAGUUCAAAUUCCUCCAGUGAUAGACCGAACAAGUCUCGAGACUCGACUAACAGUGAUUGAGAACCGAACUCGGGCCAUAGUGUGUCCGGUGUAUGGAAUUCCUACCCCUUCCAUUAUCUGGUUUAAAGAUAAGGCGCCACUUUUUGACUGGCCAUACCCUCGAAUGACCCUUACCAACAAAGAACAGCGUAUAGAGAUUACCGAUGCUCAAGUAGAGGAUGCCGGCAUAUUUACAUGUCAGGCCACAAACCCUGCGGGACAAGUGAAACAGGACUUUCACCUGGAGGUCCAUAUACCACCAUCAAUCGCUGAGUCAGAAUACGUAUCGGAAAUCUCCGUGGUUCGUGGCAGCGUGGUUAACCUCAAGUGUAAAGCCAGGGGUGUUCCAGAACCACAGAUUGCCUGGCUUAUGGACGAGGAGGUCAUAGAAAUUGUUGAAAACCAGCAUAUCAGGAUACAGCAGAAUGGGCACCUACUUCAGAUUCUAGAUUCUGAUGUUUCUGAUGCAGGCCGAUACAAGUGCCACGCAGAAAACAAGGCGGGAAUUGCUGAAAGGCUCUUUGAUCUUAAGGUUAAUGUUGCUCCGACUAUCAAGGGCCCCAGCGGUCUUCAGAAUAUCUGGGUUAUUCAAAACGAGCCCCUUACACUUGACUGUCCAGCUGAGGGGGUUCCUCCACCCACAAUCACCUGGCGAAGACAGGGUGACUUCAUACAGCCAUACAGUAACCCAAGACUCAGAUUAAAGGAGAGUGGGCGUAAACUUCUACUUGUGGCUGCCCAGCUUGUUGAUAUGGGAGAGUACUCCUGUUAUGUGGAGAACGUUGCUGGGAACGGCUCUCUAAACUUCUUCGUCAAUGUUUAUGUGCCCCCUACCAUCGAGCAGGGCCCCAACUUAAUUCAGGCCGUCGUUAAUACCGGGGCCACGCUUCCCUGUGAAUCGCUGGGAUUGCCCGAUCCAAUAGUUUCAUGGCUCAAAGAUGGGUACAAUUUCCCCUCCACUGGGCUUCGACAUCGUAUGCGCAUUUCCGGGACCAUUGAGUUCACGUCAGUACGUCUUGAGGACGCGGGCACAUACAAAUGUUUGGCUACUAACGAAGCUGGAACAGCUUCGAGUGAAAUGAAACUUGAUGUACAAGUACCACCACGCGUACUUGGUCGCCAGCCACUCUAUAUAGAUGCUGUGAAGGGCGAGGGGGUCGUGUUACCAUGUGACGUUACUGGAACUCCUAAACCAGCGAUCAUCUGGCAGAAAGGGACAACUGUGCUGAGAGGCGGACAAGGCAAAGAGAUCAUAGAGAAUGGCUCCUUGCACAUUCAGCGUACACAGGAAUCAGACGGUGGAACGUAUGUGUGUAUCGCUCAAAACAAUGCAGGGACAGCUUUUGGACAAAUUCGACUCAAUAUCUUCAUCGCACCGGAAAUACCAGUGCGCGAGACUUCAUUUAUCAUAAACAACGGCCAGAAUAUUGUGCUUCCCUGUCGUGCCACAGGACGACCGCGGCCCAAGCUCACAUGGGAAAAAGACGGCGUCACGAUAAGCCGCAGCAACUCCUUUCUGAGAAUUCUUCGGAACGGUCUGGCUAUACCAUUUGCCAGGUCAGAAGAUGAUGGGACGUACACAUGUGUGGCUACAAAUGCUGCAGGAACGACUAGUGUGGAGCUGAGACUUCAAGUCCAAGUUCCACCACAGAUUGGCGAAGCAAGCCGUCUUCUGACAUUUACCGUCGGGGAGACAGCCGAUAUUCCAUGUGCCGCUAUCGGCAUCCCCCCACCCAGUAUUCGUUGGCUUAAAGAUGGGCGUCGGCUUGAUUCCUCAGCUAAAUACGAUAUCACCGAGUUUGGAAAUCUCGUAAUCAGGGGUUUAAAGGAAGAAGACACUGGGAGCUACCUCUGCACAGCUUCCAAUGUGGCAGGCCAAGCUAGCCAGGAACGACUUAUCAGAAUCCAAGUUCCACCAUCAUUCUUGGUUGUUCCUCGGAUCACUGAAGUAUUGCUAGGUGAUCGAUUAGUGCUGCGUUGUACAGCGGACGGAAUUCCUACACCAACUAUUCACUGGAAAAGAGAUGAUGCGCCAGUACCCUCCCACCCGAGUGUGAACGGACGCAGUGUAUACAUCGUUUAUCAUGUUCGCCCAGAGGAUGGGGGCGUCUACACGUGUAUUGCACAGAAUCCGGCAGGAGAGGCGCAACACAAUACUGUAGUCAAUGUGAAAGUACCACCAGAAAUACUGACUCCACCAGGCAACAAGGCAGUAACAAUCGCGGAGCGAGUGGUGUUGGCAUGCUCUGUGGGUGGCGAUCCCCCACCUGAGGUUAUGUGGCUCAAAGAUGGGCGACAAGUGCAAUUGAGUGAGAGAAUUCGGAAGCUGAGUAAUGGAUCACUCGUCAUUUACAGAUCAACGAGCUCUGAUGCUGGACAGUACAAAUGUGUGGCUACUAAUGAUGUUGGAAGCUCGUCAGGAACUGCCAUGCUUACAAUCAGGGAGCCCCCAGCCUUUUCCAUUACCCCCGUUCACACGAGGGUUGAGCAAGGAUUCAAUGCACGACUUGACUGUGUGGGAAGUGGUGAGCCGGAACCAGAUAUGACUUGGAUGAUGGGCUGGGAAAUCCUCACCAAACACAGGCGCCUGUCCAUUCUUCCAAAUAACUCUUUGUUGCUUGUCGCAGCUCAGCAGUCUGAUUCUGGAACGUAUCGUUGUAUGGCCAGCAAUAACCUUGGCCAAAGCUUCGUUGAUGUUAAUAUCACUGUUGCAGUCAAUGGUGGCUGGUCAGAUUGGCAAAGCUGGGAGGAAUGUAGUGCAUCUUGUGGGCAAGGGAGACAACAACGUCACAGGUCAUGUGACAAUCCAGAGCCAGACAUGGGGAAACCUUGCUUAGGAGAGGACGUAGAAUACAGGGAUUGCACUGUCAGGGAAUGCCCAGUGUCAGGAGCCUGGGGCAUGUGGCAGUCUUGGGCAUCCUGUAGCAAGUCUUGUGGUGAUGGAUCACGCUCAAGGAGAAGACUGUGUGAUUCUCCUCGACCUCAGUUUGGUGGAGAAGAUUGCCAAGAUGAGGGUGUACAAAUGGAGACAUGUAACCUUAGAACUUGCUCAGUUGAUGGUGGAUGGAGUAAUUGGUCACCGUGGCAACAAUGUUCAGUGGAGUGUGGCAAUGGUUUCAAGGAACGCGUUAGGUCAUGUGACAACCCCGCGCCUAGCAACCAAGGACUGUUUUGUCCUGGAUCUGACACAGAGCGUCAGGCUUGUAAACUGAAAGAAUGUCCAUUAAAUGGAAACUGGGGUGGGUGGGGUUACUGGUCCCCAUGCACAUUGUCCUGUGGAAGUGGAACAAGAACUCGCAUCCGACUGUGCAACAAUCCCGCACCCCAACACGAUGGUUUGUUCUGUUCUGGCGAGGAAUCACAACUGGAUUAUUGCAACAGUGAACCCUGUCCAGUCCAUGGUGGAUGGACGGAGUGGAGUGAUUAUGGUGAGUGCUCUGCAAGUUGUGGAGGAGGCCACAGACGUCGGUUCCGAUCCUGCUCGUCACCGCCUCCCAGCACUAAUGGACGUCUGUGUUCCGGAGCGAUAGAUGACUCUCAGACUUGUAACAGUCAACCAUGCCCUGUUGAUGGUCGUUGGGGUGAAUGGCUUGAGUGGACGACCUGCUCGCAGACAUGUGAUACGGGGCGUAUGUAUCGAACAAGGGAGUGCAUAGGGACCCGACACGGAGGGCGACAGUGUCGGGGAGACAGUGAACAAAUAAUGAAUUGCGUACUGAAGCCUUGCUACUCAAUUCCAGUGAUAGCAGAGGGAACCCUGGUUGGUACCAUCAACAACGUACAGAUCCCGCAUACUGGUUUUACCGCCGAUAUGAUUCCGCUGCCGGACGGCUCCGCAACCCAUGUUAACGUCACUAUAAGGGGACUUCCAACAGAGAUAGCUCCGCACUUUAGACAUCUAAUAUCUGCCCUAAGCCCGGUGUAUUGGAGCACAGCAACAGAAAUUGACGGGGCAGCUAACGGCUUCACCCUAUCUGGUGGGGAGUUUACAAGAGAGUCACAAGUCCAAUAUACCACCGGUGAGAUCCUGAAGCUAUCCCAAUAUUCCAAGGGCGUUGAUGAUCAAGGGAGACUGCAGCUUGAUAUCGUUGUCAGAGGCAACGUGCCGGAUAUUGACCCCGGCAGGAAGAUUGAAAUAUCACCGUAUUGGGAACAGUACACGCAGACUGGACCAUCAACUGUACAUGCACAGUCAACACGCCUGUUCCACGUGGACGGAUUCAUGCUGCCGUAUGCGUGGAACCAUUCCAUCAUUUAUAACGGUGACCAGCGGCAGUCCUUCCUCGUGCAAAAGUUGCAUGCACGGAAUUUGAACGUUAUUGUAGCACCGGAGAGAGAUAUUGUGUAGUUCGGACUGGAUGCCAGUAUAGAACCAGGUACACCAAGCAACCGAUGUCCGAAUGGAUUCCAGUUUGACCAAUCAGGACCAUACUGUAAAGAUGAAGAUGAGUGUGCGAGGCUGAAGCCAUGCUCUGAUUUCUGUCACAACUCUGCUGGAAGUUAUUACUGCUCUUGUCCGCUUGGUCUCUCAUUGGAUGCCGACGGAAAAACUUGUAUCGAUAUAGAUGAAUGUGCAACCCAGUCGUCUAGUUGUCAUGGGGACCAGGAAUGCAUCAAUACAAUUGGUUCAUUCAAAUGUCAUGUGAUUUGUCAACGCGGAAUGAAACCUUCAGAAGAUGGGCUAACAUGUGUUGAUGUGGACGAAUGUCGAGAAGGUCCAGGUCGAUGUGAUCAGAUCUGUGAAAACAAAUUUGGUGGCUUCAAGUGUUCCUGUUACCCGGGAUAUCGACGCCAAGGCAGGCAUGGAUGUACCGACAUUAACGAGUGUGAGUUGCGCAAUCCUCCAUGUGAACAGGCUUGUGCCAACACAGAGGGCAGCUAUAUUUGUAGUUGCCAGCAAGGAUUUGAACUCAUAUCGCUGGGACGAUGCAUUGACGUGGACGAAUGUAAAACCGGUCAGGCGAACUGUGCGGUUGGUCAGGAAUGUGUAAAAGCUGUAGGCAGUUAUAAUUGUAUCGCUAACUGUCCUCGAGGCUUUGAGCUACUGAACGGAAGGUGCACUGACACUGACGAAUGUAGACUCGGCCAGCACCGUUGUUACUACAAUCAGCGUUGUGUAAACACCCAGCCAGGAUACAAGUGUGUCUGUCCCCGUGGAUAUCGCUCUGCUGGGGCUGGGACUCCAUGUCUUGACAUUGACGAAUGUACGGAGACCCCGGAAGUUUGUGCUUACGAAUGCGAGAAUACGUUUGGUGGAUAUGAAUGUAUCUGUCCACCAGGACAGAUCCGUUUAGCAGACAAGCGAUCAUGCGCGGGGCUGGAGUUUUUGGAUAAGCCUCAAAUCUUUGACAUCAACAAUCCUCAAGGGGAUGCAGAGGAAAGCGAAAACGUUGACCCCAGAAAUGUUCUAGACGGUCAAACGAGUUAUCAUUACGAACUUCGUAAUCCCAUUGAAAAUGGGACGAGUAUUACUUAUUCAAACACCGUUGCAAAAGAAAUUAAAACACAGAAAAGCGAAAAGAAAAAGAAUCGUAGAAAUCGCAAAAGGAAGAACAAAAGAAAAGGAAGGAAGGGAAAAUCUCAACGGUUAAAUAGAAUUGGACAAAAACAAGAACUUGUUGGAGGCAAGGUUUAUUCAGGAGAAUUUGAUAAUGACCGUUGCGCGAAAGGUUGGAGAUUUGAUUCUGUCAAAGGCAGUUGUGCGGACAUUGACGAAUGCAAGGAUGACUUGAAUAUUUGCCAACACAACUGUUCUAACACAGUGGGCGGGUACGAAUGCUCAUGUCCACCCGGCUACCGGCUGUCAAAGGAUAAACGCACAUGUGAAGAUAUUAAUGAAUGUAUCGAGUUCAGUAUAAACUGCGGCGUGGAUAAGAUGUGCUUCAAUACCCUCGGGGAGUUUACAUGUAUUGAUGUGCCCUGCCCACGUAACUAUCACCGGGAUCCAAUCACAAACAACUGCGUUCUGGAGUGUAUCGACGCUGAGGUAGCAUGUCCGGAAUCUGCGCGUUUUGCGGACGUCAUUGAGUUCCGCACAUUGGCGCUACCAAGUGGCGUUUUAGCGCAACAAGAUCUUAUACGACUCACUGCGUACAAUCAAUACGAUGACGUUUUACGAAAGACGAUUUUCACCAUCCUAGAAAACGACGAGUAUAUUCCAUUCCAGAUCCGACUUGAAAAGGGUAUAGGAAUUGUUUACACUCCGAAAGUAUUGGAGGAUAGAAGACUCUACAAAAUUAAAGUGUUAGCGAAAUCCUUUGACAAUGAGCAAGUUAAUAUACAAUACCAGACUACUUUUAUGAUUCACAUUUCUGUGUCUUCAUACCCAUAUUAAUUGUGUUAAAUAGUCGGUGAUGUGAUUUAUUCUUGUUUGAUGGUUUCAAGAAAUCGGUUUCAUCUGUCUGAUAUUAAGGUAUUGUGAAAGACUUGGUGUCGUUGACAUCGUCAUGUAAACACUUUAACCUUGACAUAAAAAAUGUUUAAGUUAUUCAAAUGAAACUUUCUAUACAUGUUCACGUUGCCAGAGAUAAUAAACUUAUGAAAGCAAGGUCCAUAACUCUGGCUAUACUAUUUUUGAGUGUUUCCCCUUGUCUGACAGACAGGCGUUGGCAUUCACUAUGUGUCUCUGGAUGUUACGCAUACGUGUACCAUCGUGCAUUUGAACUUCUUUGUCAUGGUCAAAGAAACUAAGAAAUAGUUCGUACUGGAGCCCGCUUGCUGUUUAAUAAAGAAACUAUAUAAUAUAUGCGUUAUGAAGCAUAAAAACAUAUUGAAUAGUUGCAUGACUGAAAAUUCUUAAAUGUGCUUACUUUGUAUCAUUGGUAAAAAAUAGUGCCUAAACUAGAUGAAAUUGUUCAAGAUGUCCAAAUGAAACUUUGUGUACAUAUAAAGUAGGACCAAUCGCUCUGACUAGAUUACUUGUUGAGUUAUGCCCCUUGUUCGAUUGCAUAGUACUCUUAACCUAGUUGCAAACUCAAUUGAUUAUACCGCUAUAAAGCCUAGCAUGACUCGACAUACUACAUGUUUUCACUCUAUUUGUUUUUUACCUAUUAUUUAACAAAGGACCUUUUAGAACAAUUUAGGUAUAUAUAUUAAGUAAUUACUCAAAAUCAUACUUAUUAUGGUAGUACAUAAUUAUAAAUCUUAAAGCUGAACAGUUAUUUCCUUUCUGUUUAUAAUAAUAUCAAGGAUAUAAAAUAUUUAUAUUUUAUAUGUACUCAGUUGAGUUAAUACAUAAGCAUUUUCAAUCAUCUUAAACCAGACCAUUUGUUGGUCCUGUCCUUGUUUUUUUAGGGGUGUAAUUGCAUGAGUGUUAUGCAUUUUAAAGCGGACAUACUCAUUCUUACAAUUGAUUGGUUUAAAUGCACUUUUGAGUUUGUUAGGGGUUUUAAAAGCUUACAUACGCAUUCUAUAAGCUUACUGGUGUAAAUACAUUAUUGAGUUUGUAAGGAGUUAUAAAAGUCACAUAUGCAUUCUAACAAUUCAUUGGUGUUUGAUGUAUAAUGAACGAUUGGUUGCUUUAACUUUGAUCCUAACGGCAUACCUGGUUGUAUAUAAGUACACAUGCAAUAAAUAUAUGUAUAAUUUCAA